UGAACGACUUCACAUAUGGGGAACAACGCGGCGUCGGCCGCAAAGGUUGCCCCGCAGGAGUGCAAGAUGGACGUUAUGACGACACCAUCGAGGCAGUGGACGAGAUCUCCGUUAGGACAACACACGAUAGAUGUGGACGCGACGUUGGCGGCGAUUGCGAUUCCGUGGCACUGCAUCCGACUCGGGACCAAGUUGCCAGACACGCAUGCGCCAUGGGUGUGCAUCAACAAGAGCUGGUGCAUCGGUCCCAACUACAUGUCACGGGUUAUCGUGAAGCAGAUCGACGACAGUCGCUUGGACGCGAUGGCGCUGGCCAAGGAAGUGCGGGUCAUGAAGCAGUUGAGUCAUCCGAACGUGGUUCAGUUCGUCGGGAUGACCUGCCACGGCCCUUACUCGUAUGUCGUGACCGAAUGCUUGGAGAACGGUGACUUACGGCAGUGCCUGCAACGAGUCAACUUGGAGUCUCAUGUUCUCGGCAUCUUGCGCGACGUUGCAUGUGGCAUGUCGUAUCUCCAUUCGCGCAGUCCCCCCAUCCUCCAUCAAGCGUUGCAUUCCGGCAACAUUCACAUCACGUACGUACAUGCUUCAUACUCAUCUCAUCCAUGUUUCCAGGCAUGACUUCCGAGCCAAGAUCGCCAACUUUGAGUGCAGCCGGUUCAAGCCGCCACACAUACAUGCGUCGCAGCCGUGGAUAGCCCCCGAAGUGCUGGAUGCUUCUUCUGUCAGUGGCGAAAUGGCGGACGUGUACAGCUUUGCACUAGUGAUGGCAGAAGUGCUGAGCCAGCGAAACGAAUCGCUUGGGGUCGAGUUGGUCCAGCUGUACACGGCUUGCUUAGCUAAAAAUCCCACUGAUAGGCCAACGUUUCCGAGAAUACUCGACCAGUUGACAGUAUUAUUAAUAUAGCUUCUUGUAAAAUAUAUUUUCGA